AUGCUGAUGUGCCGAUCCACGCGUGUUCGCCACACGCGAAACCAACACUGCUCCCGCCUGCCACGACUUGUUCAGGUUGCCGAGCCCGCAGCUGCCGCUGAAGACGAAGACGAGGACCUGCUGGAGGACGAGACACCGCCCGUGGGUCUGGACUCGUCGCUGGCCAAGCACGAUCUGCAGCAGCUGCACAAGAGCAUGCGCUCGCGCGGGGAGGACGAAGACAUGGACGGCAUGUUUCAACAGCUCGAGGCGAUGGCGACAUUGGAGGAGACAGAGGAUGCGGUGAUUGAGGAGCACCGGUCCGCCAUCCAGUUUGCACGCGAGAUGCUCACCGAGGAGGAGAAGGUCUUGGCCGAGGUCGAAGGCGUCAACAGCGACUCGGAAGAGUAUGCGCGCCGUUUGGAGCAGAUUCUCGCCGCGAAAAUUGAGAAGCUGCAGCACCUCAAAGCAAACGUUGGCAAGUUCCGCCGUCAGCUGCAGGACGAAGAGGCACGAGCAAAGGACUGCAAGGGCUUUAAGUUUGUGUGA